AGCUGCUUUAGACACAUCUUCAAGAAUAUGAGUAAGUGGUGGAAAGGGGACCACAUAAAGGAACUGGCCUGGGCUACUGCUUCAGCAUAUAAAAAGGUCCACUUUGAAAGAAGUCUUCAGAGAUUGGAUGAGGCAGCAGUUGGUAUGAAGGACUAUUUAUUGGAGAUUGGUCCAGAGUUAUGGUCAAGGGCACAUUUUGAUACAACAUGUAAGAGUGACCACCUGACAAAUAACUUCACAGAGAGCUAUAACAGUUUCAUAUUAAGCCAAAGGGAUAAACCGGUGUGUUCAAUGAUAAUAGGUAUAUCAUUCCUGUUAAUGAAGAUUGUGUAUGAUAGGAAACUUCAGGCUAGUACUUGGAAUGAGAAUGAUGUGGUACCUAGGGUUGGUGCAAUAAUGGCAGCUUAUAAGGAGAAGCAAAAUGAUUAUGUGACUUGCCCUUCAGGUGAAGGGACUUUCAGUGUGAGAAAAUUUACCGGGAAGCACUGGAUUAUUAACUUAAACAAACAAGAGUGUGAGUGUUGUGAGUGGCAGGUCACAGGCAUACCAUGUGUACAUGCAGUGCAUUUGAUCAGCCAUUUGAGACUGCCACUACCUCAAUUUUGUAGUCCAUUACUGUGUGUGAAGGCCUACAAAGCAUGCUAUCAAACAAACAUUAAACCAAUAUCACAUGAAAGUGAUUGGUCUGAGGGAAAUGAGGUUCUAUUGCCACCUAAGCUUUCAAGAGCCCCCGGGAGACCUAAAAACAAUAGAAUAAAGGGCCAUGAUGAGACUGAGACACAAUCAAUUAGUCAGAAGAAGUGUACUAAGUGUCUAUCUUUUGAGCACAACAAGAGGUCAUGCCAAGGAGGGCCAGUUGCUAGAGGUGGUGGGAGAGGUGCUACUACUGGGAGGGGUGCUGCAAGGGGUGGUGCAAGGGGUGGUUCAAGGGGUGGUUCAAUGGGUGGUUCAAGAGGUGGUUCAAGGGGUGCUGCAAGAGGUGGUUCAAGGGGUGCUGCAAGAGGUGGUUCAAGGGGUGCUGCAAGAGGUGGUUCAAGUGG